ACUUAUUAAAUAGAUAUAGUAAUAUGACACCCAGUGUAGCAUCUAACAGACUGGCUUCAAAUCCUGCCCCUGGCGGCUCAGCUGGACAUCACAGCUCACCCAGUGACAUAGUGCUGGUCACUUCCAGUUAUGACCGGACGGUGCGUUUCUGGAACCCAGAGUCGCUCCAGAGCGGAAUUCCAUAUAGGGAGAUACAACACGCAGACUCACAAGUGAAUUGCAUGGCCAUUUCUCCGGACAGAAGGUUUCUAGCUUGUGGAGGCUACCAGCACGUGCAGCUCUACGACUUUGUUGGAGCAGGAGCAGUGGGUGGUCCUCUGGGAACAGGUGGAGUGCCAGCAGCUGGAGGCAGGGUGAUGAAGUUCAAUGGCUUCAGCAAGAACAUCAUGCAAUUGGGAUUCCAAGAGGAAGCCAGUUGGAUGUACACGGUGGGAGAAGACGGAACUGUGCGUAUAUGGGAGAUACGAGAGGACUCCUCUUCGCCUGUGUUGAAACACGACCUGAAAUGUGGGGGGCCCGCCAAUUGUGCGGUGCUGCACCCUAACCAGAUUGAACUGAUUGUGGGGGACCACCAGGGAACCAUACACCUGCUAGAUUUGUCCAAAAAUGCGGUAACGACUCAAUUUAAAAUCGAGAGCGACCUUGUAGAUGACGCCUUUGUCUCAAUCCAGUCUUUGGCUCUGGAUCUGGACUCGACAAUGCUUGCAGCACUCACUAACAAGGGUACAUGUCAUAUAUGGCAGGUAUCCAGUUUCGUCACAGUCAAACCCGAACACUCCAACUCGGAUGCAGCUACUAGUGGCCGAACUGAUUCGGAUUCGACUACUGGAGGAUCUACAGAAGAGGCGAAUUCAGUAGCUGGCAAUACUUCGGGAACCACUUCAGGAACAGGGACAUCGACCCACGUGGUCUCAUCACAGAAAUUCUUCCCCAAGAAAAGUUUCCAGGCUCACGAUAAUUAUGGACUAAAAUGCUGCUUUAGCGAAGAUUCCACUCUGUUGGCUACGUGCAGUGCAGACGGCAGUGCGAGAGUGUGGACUACAACUGACUUCAACCUCCUCUUCACCCUCUCAGAAGACACCUCUAGUGGCAAUGGCAGCAGUAGUGGUAAUUGGUACUGGGACUGCGCUUUCACCAGGGACUCACUUCACCUACUCACUGUAUCUUCCGAUGGGCGCAUCCGAUGUUGGAAUCUGAGCAACGGAAGUCUCAAACAGAAGUGGCCCCCAUCCGAAGAUCAGGACAAAGUCCAUGUCAAGCAGCAGCCACAGCAGAGCACCUGCAAACCAUUCACAUGUCUAGCCUUCUUCGAACCCUCCUAGACUUCAUUCCAUUUCCCCCCUUUUUUUCUAGUUCUAGGGCCCAGAGUCAAAGUUACUCCCUACGCUUUAUGCGACUCUGGUUUUGAUAAUUCUCAACCAAUCAGAUUCAAGUAUUAUGAUUUGACUAUCAAACAACAAACCAAUCAA